AAGUUGUAGUUUUAUGAAAUGGCAUAAAACCAACAGUGUGAAUCUCAUUCGUUCUCAUUUUUGAAUCUCAUUUUUGUUGCAGUGUGAUGGAAAAGACAUUAGAACACAUUGCUGUAAAAAAAAAAUUGCUUUACAUUGACGGCAUGCAAAAUUUUAUGUCAGUCUGAGCAUGCUUAUUAACAUCCAUUCAUUCAAAGUAAGAUGUUUAUUGCACCGAACAUUUGUCAUGGUGCUAACAGGACUAAGGGUUAGUUCACCCAAAAAUGAAAAUUCUGUCAUUAAUUGCUCGUUGUUCCACACCCAUAAGACCUUCUUUCAUCUUCAGAACACAAAUUACGAUAUUUUUGAUAAAAUCUGAGAGCUUUCUGUCCCUCCAUAGACAGCUAUGCAACUGACACUUUACGCUUUAAAAAGUUCAUAAAGAGAUCGUAAAACUAAUCCAUAUGAAUUGAGCGGUUUAGUCCAAAUUUUCUGAAGAGACUCUAUCGCUUUAUAUGAUGAACAGAUUUAAUUUAGGCUUUUAUUCACAUAUUCACAUUCACAUUAUUCACAUUCAUCAACUCACAUCAGUUGUGGUAAACAGAAGCUCAAGAAUGUUUGCUUGACAUGCGAGAACCAAUGAGGUUCAUUCUCGUGUUACGCAGCACGUUUGAGCUUCCGCAAGAACCAGUGAGGUUCAUUCUCGUGUUACGCAGCACGUUUGAGCUUCAGCAAGAACCAAUGAGGUUCAUUCUCGUGUUACGCGGCACGUUUGAGCUUCCGCAAGAAAAAAUGAGGUUCAUUCUCGUGUUACGCGGCACGUUUGAGCUUCCGCAAGAACCAAUGAGGUUCAUUUGCGUGUUACGCGGCACGUUUGAGCUUCAGCAAGAACCAAUGAGGUUCAUUCUCGUGUUACGCAGCACGUUUGAGCUUCCGCAAGAACCAAUGAGGUUCAUUCUCGUGUUACGCAGCACGUUUGAGCUUCAGCAAGAACCAAUGAGGUUCAUUCUCGUGUUACGCAGCACGUUUGAGCUUCAGCAAGAACCAAUGAGGUUCAUUCUCGUGUUACGCAGCACAUUUGAGCUUCCACAAGAACCAAUGAGGUUCAUUCUCGUGUUACGCAGCACGUUUGAGCUUCCACAAGAACCAAUGAGGUUCAUUCUCAUGUUACGCAGCACGUUUGAGCUUCCUCAAGAACCAAUGAGGUUCAUUCUCGUGUUACGCGGCACGUUUGAGCUUCCGCAAGAACCAAUGAGGUUCAUUCUCGUGUUACGCGGCACGUUUGAACUUCAGCAAGAACCAAUGAGGUUCAUUCUCGUGUUACGCGGCACGUUUGAACUUCAGCAAGAACCAAUGAGGUUCAUUCUCGUGUUACGCGGCACGUUUGAGCUUCCGCAAGAACCAAUGAGGUUCAUUCUCGUGUUACGCGGCACGUUUGAGCUUCCGCAAGAACCAAUGAGGUUCAUUCUCGUGUUACGCGGCACGUUUGAACUUCAGCAAGAACCAAUGAGGUUCAUUCUCGUGUGUUACGCGGCACGUUUGAACUUCAGCAAGAACCAAUGAGGUUCAUUCUCGUGUUACGCGGCACGUUUGAGCUUCCUCAAGAACCAAUGAGGUUCAUUCUCGUGUUAUGCGGCACGUUUGAGCUUCCUCAAGAACCAAUGAGGUUCAUUCUCGUGUUACGCGGCACGUUUGAACUUCAGCAAGAACCAAUGAGGUUCAUUCUCGUGUUACGCAGCACAUUUGAGCUUCCGCAAGAAAAAAUGAGGUUCAUUCUCGUGUCACGCGGCACGUUUGAGCUUCCGCAAGAACCAAUGAGGUUCAUUCGCGUGUUACGCGGCACGUUUGAACUUCAGCAAGAACCAAUGAGGUUCAUUCUCGUGUUACGCAGCACAUUUGAGCUUCCUCAAGAACCAAUGAGGUUCAUUCUCGUGUGUUACGCAGCACGUUUGAGCUUCCGCAAGAACCACUGAGGUUCAUUCUCCUGUUACUGAGCACGUUUGAGCUUCCACAAGAGGUUUGUUCUUGCGCGUCAUUCAUGUUCGGUUGAGCUUCUGUUUAUGUUCACUGAUCAAUAUUCAUAUGUGAAUAAAAGCCUAAAUUAAAUCUGUUCAUCAUAUAAAGCGAUAGUCUCUUCAGAAAAUUUGGACUAAACCACUCAAUUCAUAUGAAUUUGUUUUACAGUCUCUUUAUGAACUUUUUGAAAUCUCAAAAUGGUAGUCAUGUAGCUGUCUAUGGAGGGACAGAAAGCUCUGAUUUCAUCAAAACAUGAGGGUAAGUAAAUGAUGACAGCAUUUUCCGUUUUGGGUGAACUAUCCCUUUAAAUUCUCCUCUAAUGAUCCCUUGUUUUCUUUGCCCUCGUGUGUAUCAUCACAUAGUCAUAGUGAUUUUGUUGUGCUGUCAUUUCUUGAUUUCUAUUCUUAGUGUUCAUGUUCAAACUCGCUCAGCACAAAGACGGUUACAGCGGCUUUAGGUGUUUAAAUAUAAAUCUCUGAAUUCAUCAUUUAGACUUUAAAUCAUCUCUCUUUUUGUGUCUUUCAGAAGAA